AUGUCGUGGGAAAUGGAAUUAGAUGAAAAUAUUCUCGAAGAUCUAUAUCUCUGGAUCGAUAGUUUGCCUUUAUCGCGACCAAAGAAGAGGAUUGAACGAGAUUUUGCUGACGGUACCCUAGUAGCGGAAAUUAUUCGUUAUUAUCUACCAGAUCUAGUUGAAAUGCAUAACUAUACUCCCGCACAUUCAAUUCAACCGAAGAAAGCCAACUGGGGAAUAUUGAACAAAAAAGUUUUGUCGCACUUUGGACUUGAUCUACCCGAUGUAAUUAUAACUGGUCUUUCGAAUGGAAAACCAGGACUUAUCGAAGUUCUUCUUUAUAACCUUCGAAUGAAAAUUGAUGAAGAAUUAGAAUUACAGCAAAAAAUGUAUCAUCGACAACAGCAGUAUCCACAACAAAUGAUAUCGCCACGACAAUCUUCGCUUUCGCAUUUAACAUCGACCUCGAAAGCUAAUCAAGUUCCUUUGAUAUCAACUAGAUCAAAUAAAUCGACUACAUCAAAUAAACCCAAUGCAACUUCUCACAAAGAAGUGUCUCGUCUUGAACAUGAAGAAAUCAAACAGCAAUGCUUUCAACAACAAGAAGAAAUUGAAAUACUUCACGCAAAAAUUCGUCGACUUGAACAUGUUCUCCAACUUAAAGAUAUUCGAAUUAGUGAACUAUCUAAAGCUGUCGAGGAUAGUAGACCAACAAGGCCAACUGCAGUUCAAAAAAAAUAA